GUGGGACCAGAUCCUGGAUCCAGUAUCACAGAUGAGGUCCUCCAGUGGGACUCUGAAGCUCUUCCCAGUUUACCUGAAAGGAGAAGAUCUGUUUGGUUUGACCACAUCUGCUGUGACCAGGAUCAUCGAGUCUCUGCCAGGUGUGGAGACCUGUGAGCAGUACACCUUUCGUUACGGCAGGAACCCUCUGAUGGAGUGGCCUCUGGCCUUCAACCCGUCUGGCUCCGCCCGCUCCGAACCCAAAGCCUACCAGGCCAAGAGGCCGACCCUGCUGACCAGCGUGGCCCCCAGGUGUCAGGGCUCCGUGGGCUCCGUCGUGGGUCUCAUUCCUGGCGUCCUGUCUCUGUCUCCGGGGGAGUCUGUGGCUGGGGCCCACCAGGGACGCCACUCCAAGCUGUCUCAGUACCGACGCAUGAAGGCCGAAUGGAAGACUAACGUCUACCUGGCCCGCUCCCGCAUCCAGGGUCUGGGUCUGUACGCUGCCAGAGACAUCGAGAAAUGCACCAUGGUCAUCGAAUACAUCGGCACCAUCAUCAGGAGCGAAGUGGCCAAUCGCAAAGAGAGGCUGUACGAGUCCCAGGUAAAACACACACACACACACACACACACACACAGACACACACACACACCUCCCACCAAAAACAGAUUCAGAUAACAGGAAGUGACAUCAUGCUGGUGACUUCCUCGUUGGACUCUGAUGGUCACUAACGUCGUCACGUGUCACCAGAUUCUGAUAAAUGUUUCAUUUUUAGGAUUUAUCUGUUUUAAUCCUGAC